CACACCCACACCCACACCCACACCCACUUCCUAAACCAUAUCAUCACCACUUCACAUUACUAACUUAUUCAAUUCUCUCUCGUACAAAUUAAUCUCUAUCUCUUACAAAAAAAAGUGUAAAACUCAAAAGAUGGAGAGUAAUUACAGCAGUGAUAAAAUGAUGUACUCUUCACCAGGAGCAACAUCCACACCAUCACCAGGCUCUCCUCAGUCUCCAAACUCUCCUCCUUCCGGCCACGGCCACGGAUACGGACACGGACACGGACACGGUGUGGGUGGUGCACCCGUUAUAAUGAGCCCUUGUGCAGCUUGCAAGAUCCUUCGACGUCGGUGCGCCGACAAAUGUGUGUUGGCUCCUUACUUUCCUCCUACUGAUCCCCUCAAAUUCACCAUUGCCCAUAAAGUCUUUGGUGCUAGUAAUAUCAUCAAGUUACUUCAGGACCUUCCAGAAUCACAAAGGGCAGAUGCAGUAAGCAGUAUGGUAUACGAGGCAAAUGCACGACUAAGAGAUCCAGUGUAUGGGUGUGCAGGAGCAAUAUGCCAACUCCAAAAGCAAGUUAGUGAUUUACAAGCAGAAUUAGCUAAGUCAAGAGCUGAGAUAGUGAACAUGCAAUGCCAACAAGCUAAUUUACUCGCCCUAAUCUGCAUGGAAAUGACGACGCAAUCUCAAGAUCAUGCUAUGAUUCCUGUGUCGGCGUCGUCGCCACAAAGCGGCGGCAGCAGCGACAGCGGCGCGUAUGAGAUUGGCGCAAACAAUAGCAAUAACAAUAACUUCUUAAGUUUUUAUGAUGAUAACAACAGUUUAAACUCUAUCUGGGAGCCUCUUUGGACUUGAGGAUAUAUCAUAAUUUUCACUUUCUUCGUUGUAGACUUUUUUGUUCAACAAAUAAGCCUUAAAAUUCUUAGUUAGGAAAGGAAGAAAAUGAGACAAAAAAAGUUGUUUCAUUAAGUCUUUAGUGGAGUACUGUUAGAACUUAGAAGAAGAGUCUUUGAAAUGGAAAAAAAGGGGGAAAAAAAGACAAACAAUAUUGCCCUUUUACGAAAUGGAGACUCUUAGUAGUUCUAUAAUAACUAGUAUACUAAUUAAUUUAUGUACCAAACUCAACUCUUAUUUGGUAACCUAAAAUUUAAUACAUUUCUUUCCUGUUGGUUCUUGUCGUUACUAAA